UGCCGGCUCUUUGCGUCUGCGUAGUCCGCCCCCCUCCCUUUCUGCCUCCGCAGCCGCCAUGGCGCCCGUGAAAAAGCUCGUGGUGAAGGGGGGCAAAAAAAAGAAGCAAGUUCUGAAGUUUACCCUUGAUUGCACUCACCCUGUAGAAGAUGGAAUCAUGGAUGCGGCCAAUUUUGAGCAGUUUCUUCAGGAGAGAAUCAAAGUGAAUGGAAAAGCUGGAAAUCUCGGUGGAGGGGUGGUAACCAUUGAGAGGAGCAAAAGCAAGAUCACUGUAACUUCCGAGGUGCCUUUUUCCAAAAGGUAUUUGAAAUAUCUGACCAAAAAGUACUUGAAGAAGAAUAACCUCCGCGACUGGCUGCGUGUGGUGGCCAACAGCAAGGAGAGCUACGAGCUGCGCUACUUCCAGAUCAACCAGGACGAGGAGGAGGAGGAGGACGAGGAUUAGAAGUCCUGUGUCGGGAUCUUUUGUAUGGUCUUUAAAUAAAAUCUAGGAAUCACAGUGGUGGUUUUCCUUGUACCUCCGCAGUGUGGCUUAAACAGAAAAUUGGAGAUCAGAGUAAAAGCUUCGCUUGGGCGGCCUUUCACGUAUUUGUGAUUAGACUUUUCUCCUGCUUGAAGGUUUCAGGUUUACAUGGUAAGAAUACCAAAGCGGAGAGAAGCUCCUGUAAGGGAACUGCCGGGGCUUUGACCUCCAGCAGGUGGUUAAGAGUGGAAAUGUGCGCCCUCCAGUUGUCACUGUUUGACUUCCAAAAGUGGGACAGUUUUAUCCCGUGCUUUUCUCAGAUUCAGGUGUACUACGGGGCUCCUAGUUUGUUGAGCAAAACCAGCAACUCACCUGAGGUUCUCUUGCAGGAAAAAGGCAGGCUCGGAAAUGUAAAAAGCAGGGUUCUGGGGCAUUUCAAGUUGGGGUUACAAAUUACUCCCACACAAUGACUAUGUUAAUCCUUUUCUUCCUGUAGAAAUAAAAUUUCCUUCGGUGCCGCUGCAUAGCCUACCCUCCAGAAAAGAGUGGGGAGUGGUUCUAAAAGUCCCAGGUUUUAAAUUAAGUAAACGCACACAAAACUGAAUUUGUAAAUGACUUUUUAGGACUCAGCAACAAACUGUCGCUUCGGCCCCCAGCAGGGGGAGCUGGAGCUGAGCUUCCGGAGAUGGACCGCGGGCAUCUCCCUGGGAGCAUCUCCCUGGGACGUGGUUUUUGCCCCGGGGUGGACGCCAAGAAGAAGCGAUGGAGGGCCAGGUCGUGCUGAGGAGUUGAGGGAAAAUGUUGACGUGCCCAGGGAACGGCCACUUCUGUGCCAUUUAGGCCUUGGCUGGAUUUAAUGUCAGGUCACUCUGCAAACUGACCUUAGUCUGGGCAGGAUGAAAGUGGGGUUUUGUUGCCUCGUGUGCAGAGGCUAGAGAUCUGGGAGAGGUUGCGCAGUUGUAAAGUCAUUGUCGCCAACUGGAAAUCCAGAGGAUUUGAGAGCAAGUUUGAAAAGAGACCCUGAUGCCUUAUGGUGCCCUUCGGAAAUCUAAACAAUUCUGCAGAAAUGUCUGCAUCGUCUUAAAAUCGCAGUGUGUGAAGCUGUGUUUUUAGGGUUUGUCCACAGCUAGUUUCCCCACCUGAAAUUCUUGGGCUCUGCUAGCUGCCUAGCUGGAAAUUAAACGUUGGAGCCCUACCUUUGGCUCCAAUAUGACAUUUGGUGCUCUUGGAUUGAAUUUAACGUGUGUCUUUGCAAUUUCAUUUGUAGUAAAGGCUCCAGGAUUUUCUAUUUCUAUGCAAAUUUCUUGAAGCAGAAUUGUUUGCGCGUUUCUCCGCCUUAGGGCAAGGAGAGGUUUCUUCCCAGUGUAACUGAGGCAUCAGCUGGUUUCUGGCGCUGUCCCUUACCACGAUCGUUAACUUUGUUAGCAAGUUUAUGACCUGGAUUUGCAAAUUGUACUUGUUUGUUGCAUCGAUGUUCACCUGUAGUGAUUUUUAGUUUGGUUGUAAAAAGAUUAAUCCUGGGCUGAAAUCCGCAUAGAAGGUGUGGGGUUUUUUUUCCCCCCAGAUUAUUUCCAGGUUUUAAAACUUGUAAUAAAACUGAAACACUGAUUUUUCUAUGCCUUUUUGAACUCUUGUAAUUGAGUUUUGAUCACAUUUUAUAUUAAAGUGGCUAACACAUGGCUA